GCAGCGAUCGUACAGACGGAAAUCCCGAGAUUGUUCGCCCUUUUCUUCCUCCUGUGCCCAUGACAGUCGCCUUCUCCGUUGAAUCCACUCCUCUCGGUGACUGGUCUCGAUCUCAAGAAUCUCUUCCUCACCCGGCUCGUUGCUUCCCCGAUAUCAGAACGAUGGAUUCGCUCUCGCCUCCCGAUUUCUCCCUUUUCCUCUAGAUCUGCUCUCUCAAACCUUGGGGAAUCUCAACCUCCCGAUUUCAAGAUUGCCUUCUCCUCUGAUAUUUCCUUUCUCCCUUAGAUCCCCAAUCCUUCAUCUCCGAUUCCAUUCCAUUCCAAAACCGUCACCAGAUCUCCCCGACGACCACCUGUCUUCAGCUUUAAAGCCCGACGGCGGCUUCCGGAAGUUCUUCCAUUUUCCAAUGCCGAUUUCAGUGACAGAGCAAGAGCACCGAUCUGAGUAUCCCAUGGGUCAUGUUGGUAUCUUCUUGAUGAUUUUUGGUCCUGAUCUGAUACCGUAGAUCCGGCAUCCUACUGCGUCAGAUCGAUGGCCCUGGCUCCGAUCAACGCUCCUAUGGCGCCGGCUGGUCCCUAAGGGACAGAUCUGGCAUGCAUCCCUAGAUCUGGCUCAAAUAGAGAAACGGUGCUCUGUUUCCUACUGAUUCGUAUCGUGGAUUGGUGUGGAUCGUGCCAGCUAGGGAUUGAAGAUGUCGACCACUACGGUUUGUUUGAAGGGCAUUGUUUAAGUGCAAGCAAAUGAAGUAGAGGGAUCAUUGAUGGUUUUGAUCUGAAGGAGAAUGGCAAUCUGGCAUUUGGAGAGAGUUUUUUUGAGGAGGUAGGUUGUAUAUUUUGUUUGGUUUUUUUGAACUUUCUAAAUUGUUAAUGAAUAUGUUUCCUCUGGUAUGGCUUGAUUGCUUCAUGUUUGAACUACUUUUUUUUUUAAACAUACAUUUUUUAGGGAGGGGUGAAGGUCGUUUGACAGUACAGUGAUUUAGUUUCUGCAUUCUUAAAUUGGUAGUAUGUUUUUAACUAAGCAAAUGUCUUUUGAUAUUAUUUUAAUAUAUGCUGUAUUUCUGU